AUGACCGGCCACCAUCGCCUACCCGAGUCUCAGCUAACAAAUCACAGGACAAAUGGAAAAAAUUCAAAAAAUAAAAUCAAUAAAGAGUCACAGCCCUCCGACCGGACCUCAUCGACGUUCAUGGCGGAAGGUCAGGCCGCACCUCAAUCGGCUGCGACACGUGGAACUCCGUCCACCACGAUCGGCGAACCUUCGAACAUCAUGUCCCUACCGACAGCUCCGGAAAACACGCAGGUCAAGAUUUGCAGCAACUCAAAAUCGGGUCAGGCCCAUAUUGGAGACGGUACCCGGAUUGGCGUCACAUCCCUACCGACAGCUCCGGAAAACACGUUGGUCAAAAGUUGCAGCAUCCCAAAAUCGGCUGUCGGCGACCACUUGGAUAAAGAUGCUCAAAUCCUAAACCAAAGCCACGUGACGACAAAAGGCCCACGAUCCAUUUUUCUACCCAACCCCUUAAUCAUGCGGGCCGCUCCUGAUAAGGCCCAACCAUUUAAUAAUGGGCCUAAUCCUACCCCUUUCCUCCACCCAAAUCCUCAAUCCCACUUCCGACCCAAACUCCACACCUCCCGCUCCAGUAUGAAGAAUAGGCACUCAUCAUUAGUAGUAUUGGAACUCGUCAACAGGCACGGUCCAUGUGCGCCUUACGAGCAGCAGCUCAUGAAUCCAAGAAAACCGACGACCCACGAUGUUGCUCGCACUUCUCUCAGCCCUCCCGAUUCCACGGGCGAAUUCCAAUAUUACAGCCACCACAUCGUCACCAUGGGCUUCGGCACGCCACAAAAAAAGUUGUCCCUCGUUUUGGAGACCAGCUACGACCUGACGUGGAUUCAAUGCAAACCGUGCCCCCAUAAGAUGUGCCAUAGACAGAAUGGCCCAUUAUUCGACCCCUCCAAAUCCACUUCCUACUCCCCCAUCCCCUGCAGCUCCACUCAAUGCUCUAUCGUGGAUUUCUACACCACUUCUGGCCCCACCUGCUCCAAAACCGGCAACUGCGUCUACCAUCUCAAAGACUACGUUUCCAACAAUAUCAGUGGCGACUUCAGCAAGGACACGCUUACAAUUGCACCAAACAUUGCAUUCGCUGCUUUCAAGUUCGGCUGUACCCAUUCUGCUCAGGGCACUUUUGGACUUGAAGAUGGAGUCUUGGGGCUCGGCAGAUCCAACACGUCCAUAGUUGUCCAAACUGCUAAUACAUUUCAUCAAUGUUUCUCCUACUGCAUCCCUGCCAAAUCAUCCUCCAAGGGCUUCCUCGCACUCGGAAAAGAUUACGAUUGUACCACAAAAUUCACCCCUUUGAUUUAUAUAUCAGAUUACCCAUAUAAUUAUUUCAUCACCAUAAUUGCCAUAGCCGUGGACGGACGCAAGUUAGAUUUAAAGCCAAAGGAUUUUGGGGGACCUGGCAACACCUUCAUAGACUCCAGCACAACCAUCACCCAACUCCCGUAUUAUGCAUACAAAGUGUUGGCAAGAACAUUCAACUAUUUUAUGCUCAAUGAUUAUGGAUACUUCAACGCAUACCCGCCAUAUGAUGGCUUAGGCCUCGAAUAUUGUUUUGUUCCUCAUGGCAAAAAUGUUGUCCCAAUUGUGUCAUUCACCUUUCAGAAUGACGUGAAAAUCGAUUUGGAUUUUUCCGGAACAAUUAUAUAUUACAACAAAUCUCUAAUGUGUCUUGCUUUCAUCGACAAUGACAAUUUUCCUACUUUUGGAAUUACUCAGCAGAGAACAUUCGAGGUCGUGUACGAUGUUGGCCGCAACAAAUUAGGGUUCCGCCAAAAUAUGUGUUAAUCACUGGUUCCAGUGCAUUCCAAAUGCGCUCAUCAUCUCACCUUUGACUGCAAGGGGAGAUUUGUUUUAUUUCCAACAUGCCUGCAAGUUAGCUCUUUGUAUAGAUCAAAGAUAUAAAAUUGUGGGUACGUAAAUAAAAAGUAUAUUUUGCUACUUUUCUUCAUCUCUAUUUGAUAAUUUAUUUUAUUUUUAUUUUUUGUU